CCUCUGCGGCCCAGCCAGGCCCACGGCCCAGCUGAAGGCUGGGCAGAGCUGGCUUGGCAGAGAUGCCCACAACUGUGUGUCACCUCAUGCCCCACCAGGGAAGGGAGCAAGGAACGGAGGGAUGAAAGGUGCCAGGUCCCUGGCUGCCUCCCGGCCAGUGGCUGAGAAGUUCUACUGGGAAGCCGCCAUGGAGCAGCAGUGCCCGCGCGGGCGUCCUUUCUUGGCUAAAACUGGCUCCUUCCAGGAUGCGGUGCGCAUGCUCAACACCCUGCAGACCAAUGCUGGCUACCUGGAACAGGUGAAGCGCCAACGGGGCGACCCCCAGACACAGCUUGAAGCCAUGGAGCUGUACCUGGCACGGAGUGGGUUGCAGGUGGAGGACUUGGACCAGCUGAACAUCAUCCAUGUCACUGGGACCAAGGGGAAGGGCUCCACGUGUGCCUUCACUGAAUGUAUCCUCCGAAACUAUGGCCUGAAGACUGGAUUCUUUAGCUCUCCCCACCUGGUGCAGGUGCGCGAGCGGAUCCGCAUCAACGGGCAGCCCAUCAGCCCCGAGCUCUUCACCAAGUACUUCUGGCGCGUCUACCACCGGCUGGAGGAGACUAAGGACAGCAGCUGUGUCUCCAUGCCCCCCUACUUCCGCUUCCUCACGCUCAUGGCCUUCCACGUCUUCCUCCAAGAGAAGGUGGACCUGGCAGUGGUGGAAGUGGGCAUUGGCGGGGCUUAUGACUGCACCAACAUCAUCAGGAAGCCUGUGGUGUGUGGAGUCUCCUCUCUUGGCAUCGACCACACCAGCCUUCUGGGGGACACGUUGGAGAAGAUCGCAUGGCAGAAAGGGGGCAUCUUUAAGCAAGGUGUCCCUGCCUUUACUGUGCUCCAGCCCGAAGGUCCCCUGGCAGUGCUGCGGGAUCGAGCACAGCAGAUCUCAUGUCCUCUCUACCUGUGCCCACCGCUGGAAGCCCUGGAGGAAGGGGGGCCACCACUGAUGCUGGGCCUGGAGGGAGAACACCAGCGGUCCAAUGCUGCCUUGGCCUUGCAGCUGGCCCACAGCUGGCUGCAGCAGCAGGACCACCAGGGCACUGGGGAGCUGAAGGCGUCCAGGCCGAGCCUCCUGUGGCAGCUGCCCCUGGCACCGACGUUCCAGCCCACAUCCCACAUGCGGCUCGGGCUUCGGAACACGGAAUGGCCGGGCCGGACGCAGGUGCUGCGGCGCGGGCCCCUCACCUGGUACCUGGACGGCGCGCACACCUCCAGCAGCGUGCAGGCCUGCGUGCGCUGGUUCCGCCAGGCGCUGCAGGGCCGCCAGAGGCUGAGCGCGGGGCCAGAGGUGCGUGUCUUGCUGUUCAACUCCACUGGGGACCGGGACUCCGCGGCCCUGCUGAAGCUGCUGCAGCCCUGCCAGUUUGACUAUGCAGUCUUCUGCCCCAACCUGACAGAGGUGUCAUCCACAGGCAGUGCAGCAGACCAGCAGAACUUCACAGUGACACUGGACCAGGUGCUGCUCCGCUGCCUCGAACACCAACAGCACUGGAACCGCCUGGAUGAGGAGCAGGCCAGCCCGGACCUCUGGAGCACCCCCAGCCUGGAGCCUGGUGGGCCGGCGUCUCUGCGGCUGGUGCCUCACCCGCCCCACAGCUGCAGCGCCAGCUCCCUCGUCUUCAGCUGCAUCUCCCACGCCUUGCAGUGGAUCAGCCAGGGCCGGGACCCUGUCUUUCAGCCACCCCGUCCCCCAAGGGGCCUCUUUGCCCACCCUGUGGCAGCUAGCGGGGCCAGUGUACUCCAAGAGGCUGUUGCCAUUCACGUGCUGGUCACGGGCAGCCUGCACCUGGUGGGUGGUGUCUUGAAGCUGCUGGAACCCUCCUUGUCCCAGUAGCCAAGGCCAAGGGGUUGGAUUGGGAGCGUCCCACACCUGCCCUGCAUUCUCUCCAUGAACUCACGUCCUAGGUGCCUUUUGUUUUCUGAUUCUGUCUAGACUGGCCCGGGGCCCCAGGCUCUGGGUGGCAGAAUAGAGGGCUGGUGGGUGGGAGGCUGGGAGAGGAUGUCCUCUGUCUUUGAGGCUCUGUGCCUUGGCUUCUCCUUCCUCCUGGCUGAGACAGCGGGGGACUUCCCAAGUCUCUCUCUGUCAGAGGAGACCUGGCCACCCUGCCGCCUCCCCUCCCGCCCUGCUGCCUCCUGGCUCGGGCCCAGCUUAUUGUGUGAGCUGCCUGGCCAGGCCCAGGGUCCUGCCAGGUGCCAGGCGAUAGAUUCCUCCUCCCAGUGCCUUCCGGGAAAAGUGAUGGCCCCUGCUUGGGGCACCCUAGGGACAGUGGGUGGCUGGAAUGGAUUAAAGCUUUACACUUUUUUAAAAAAAGAAAUGGUGAAACCUUUGACUCUU